GAAGUAGUAGAGGGACGGACUACAUUUCCCAGCAUGCUCCUCGAGGAGGCGGGGCAAGAAUGAGCUGAUCGCUGCUGUUGGGAGACAUUUAACAGGAGAAGCCUGAGCCUUGGGCAAUAAAAGGGAACUCCUGGGCGAAGGGAAGAAGCGGCGGCGGCGGCGGCGGCGGCAGCGCGAUUCCGGCGGCCGACGCGACAAGGGGCCCAUCGGAGGGAAGAGGCGGGACAUGGCGGAGACGGAGGAGAGAGGCGGCGGCGGCUCGCUGCACGAGACGCGCUUCGAGGCGGCCGUCAAGGUGAUCCAGAGCCUGCCCAAAAACGGUUCAUUCCAGCCAACAAAUGAAAUGAUGCUCAAGUUCUAUAGCUUUUAUAAGCAAGCAACUCAAGGACCCUGCAGCAGUCCAAGACCUGGAUUCUGGGAUCCUAUUGGUAGAUACAAAUGGGAUGCAUGGAGCGCUUUAGGUGAUAUGCCCAAAGAAGAUGCUAUGAUUGCCUAUGUUGAAGAAAUGAAAAAGAUUCUUGAAACUAUGCCAAUGACAGACAAGGUUGAAGAACUCCUACAUGUACUAGGCCCAUUCUAUGAAAUUGUUGAGGAUAAAAAGAGCAGAGGAUCUGCCAUAAUAGCAGACCUUGGAUAUUCCAUAACGUCUAUGCCAGCUGUGAAUGGCAAAUCUGAAAGCAGCGACAGCGGAGCAGAGUCGGAGGAGGAACCCCAUCAGGAAGAAAUAACAGAGCUAAAGCAGGUUGAGAAAGAAAGUGAGAGUCUGGGACCAGAUUUGACGCCUGCUCAGGAGCUGGACUGUGUUGUUGCCAAUGGUUGCUGUGAAGAUGUCCCGAAUACUGACAUUCACAAUGGCAUACAGACUAAAUCUGCUCUGAAUGGUAUAAAUGUGGAUGAAGAAGUAAAGAAGAGAGACAAGCGUCUUGAACUACCUAUAAUUUCUAAUUUUGGGUCUUCUCACCAAGGUGCAAAUGAAGAUACCGCUGAAGAGGUCUCUGGCAUUCAGCACUUGACAAGCGAUUCGGAUAGUGAAAUAUACUGUGAUUCCAUGGAGCAGUUUGGACAAGAAGAGAUAUUGGAGUCAACGAAAGGAUUUUCAAAACAUCCAUUACAUUUCUCAGAAGUAGACCACAGCAGUCUGCUGGGUGCUUCUGGUUUUCUUGAACUUGGAAACUACAAGACAGAUGGUAUAAUGGUGGCUGCAAUUGAAGGAAAAGGUGAAGUCAAGUGUGGUGGUGAGGAUGGCAAGGCAAGUGAUGGAGGUCCUCACAAAGAAAAGAAAGGUGGUGAAAAGGUGGAUUUCUACGGAAUCAGAAGAGGGAGAGGUCAUAGAAUGCACCCUUUGGGUGAUGGUGCCCAAGGUGGACAAAUGGGUAGUGGAGGAGAUGGAGAACGAUGGGGGUCAGAUAGAGGACCAAGAAGUGGCCUCAAUGAACAAAUUGCAGUAGUGCUUAUACGAUUACAAGAAGACAUGCAAAAUGUCCUUCAGAGAUUGCAUGCAUUGGAAACACUGACAACUUCACAGACAGGAACUGCAACCGUACAUUCAAAUAAUCAGACUCCCUCACCUGCUAAGAGACCUUCCUGGUGGCCGUUCGAGAUUUCUCCUGGUACUUUAGUCUUUGCUGUUUUCUGGCCAUUUGUUGCCCAGUGGCUGGUACAUGUGUAUCUUCAAAGGAGAAGGAGAAAACAGAACUGAGGAUUCAAUUCCUGAUUUUACUUAAGGACUGCUAACAUGGAGACUCUGGAAGGUGAAGUAAUUUAAGAGACCUGCAAGAACUGCAGAUGCUGGGAUGGCUACAUCUUUGUUCUAUUUUUUCUCCCUUUUGCACUACCUGGCAUACCAUACAUGAAUGGUCCCUUUCUCUUAGAUUACAAAUAAAUACAACUAUCCCAUCCAGCAAUCACAUGAACCCUAAAUUAAUUGUUUUGGAAUGUACUUUUUGGAUGAACAGUCUGUAGAGUUGAAGGCUAUUACUGCAGCAUCUACUGAGAGUGUUUCUUCAUCCCAAAGCUGGAAUGAAGAAGUUCCUUCAAUUAAUGAAAAACAACAAAACAAUAAUGAAAGCCUGUGAAAAAUAAUGAAAGCCUGUGAAUUGUUACUUUUAACAUGAUUUAUUUUAUAAUGCCGCACAAGACUUUCCACAUAGCAUACAAAACAUACAAUAAGCAGAGGAAACUUUAAAGUCUAGAAUAGUCCAAGUACCUGGAUUGUAUGACUGCAAUUAACAUUGUAGCUCUGGGAGAUCUAAUAUAUAAAUUGCUGCUACAUAGAUGAGGUAGUUUUUUAGGAAACAAAUAAAGUGUUUGAAGCUGUAGAUUGUACUUCCAUGGGGACCAUCAAUGCUUCUUUAAAAAACAAGUCAAGCAUCUUAAUUUGUUAGACCAGCAGUCAGAGUUUGAAUAUGGCACGAUAGAUUCAGAACUCAGUACACAGAACAAAGUACGUAAAAUGGCCCUGGCACCCCCUAACCUACAUUGUCUUAUUGAAAUCAAUGGAACAAGAAUGUAAGUACAGUUUAUUGUAAAUAGUCCUUAAUGUUCAGUUUUAGAAGUUGCAUAAUAUUAAUUUAGAAGGUGUUCAAAAUGCAUGUUAAAAACUUACACUGCUGUCCCAGGAAAUGUAUAGAAACGGGCUGUUGUGAAUGGAUUGGCUCCAGUGCUAGGGCAAUAGGAAGCUGCUGCUGCUGCUGCAGGAAAAUCCUGCAUCCAAUACACCUUAAAGGUGACUAAGCUGUGCUACAUGUGCAGGCUAGACCUGGUAAAAGGGCCUCUAUUAUAUAUUUUCUCACUAGGGUUAUAAACCUAUGACUAUUACCAAAUACAGCAGGUGAGGCUUGUAUGAUUGAAUGUUCUUCCAUACCAGAAAUUCCACAUUAUUUUAAAUAAAAAAGAGAGCUUUUCCUUCCCAUGUUUCUGUGUGGAGGAUUUUUUUAAAAAAUUGGGACAAGCAUUCAGUCUUCCCAUCUUCUGUUAGAAGUAGUGACAAUCCUGGCACAGAUUCAACUGGUGUCAGUGUAAUUUUGCCCCUUGACUCAAGCCAGUUAGCCCCUUCCUGCUCCCAUGGCUAAUCAGCACUGUCAGCUUAGACCACUGUGCGUGUCUGCAUGUGCACAUAUGCACAUGUGAGUACUCUAAAGCAGCAGUUGGCACUCAAACUUUUGUUGCAUUUGCAGCUUAGGGCCAUUGCUUUUUGAAACUUUAGGACAAUAUUUCUAUAGUUUUAAUUGUUUUACAUACCUAAUUGCUGCGGCAUUUUCUCAUACCCUUUACAGGUGCAAGUCUCUUUCCUUUAAACACUUUCAAGACAAUUUUAGCAUUGUCACUUUAUUAGAUUUCUACUUGAUUAGAUACCUAUUUGGAUAUAACAGCCUGAUAAUUUCAGUAGUAACAUCUCAGACUACAACUAGAAGGGACUUUUCUAUAGCAAAUGAGAAAGUUAGCAUUUAACUAACAUUACCUUUCGUUAUAUGAUGUUAUAAAAAUCAACCUAAAGUGAUUGCUUUUCAGUUGGUGUAUUGAAAAAAUAGAAAAACGUAUUCUAGACCUGUGAAAAGAGCAGCAACUCCAUAGCUGCUUACUCCUUCAUGAACCUACUGCAGUCAACUGACCUACUUUAAAGUAAUUUCUGGACUGUGACAUUUUUUGCACUGUGUAACUCAUUACAGAAAGCUCAUGGGCAGUGUUGCAUCUGCUCUGAUGGCAAGGUCUUGAAGAAAAGCACCUUCACACCUGUUAUAUGCUAUAUAAAUAAUGUAAUUACAGGAGUUAGAAUUUCUGCCUUGUUUACUAGAACAUGAUUUUGAAGUUUUAAAUGUUAGUUCAUCUUAAUCUACUGUAAAUAACAUUUAAUAAAGAAUGACAGGCGCAUUAUCCAA